CCAAUAUUUACGGAAGUGAUGUCUGGUCCUGAACUGUCAUUGCUGUUGUGUCCUGUAUUGUAAAUAUGUGUUAAACUCUUAAGAUACUCGGUUAUCCCUCGCCGUAAUGAUAUAAACCUGCUUGGCUCUCACUUAGCUUCAACGGUCUGCUAACCUGUUAGCUAGUAAGAGCAACUGACGUUAGCUAUAACGAAGCUAACUAGCUUCAAACCGCAGAGCUAACAAGGACUGUGCCUUUUGUUUGUGCUUCGGUGUGUGUGUGUUUUGAGGUCGUGUGAAGUCUAUGUACACGGUUAUUGUAUCUAGUACUUUGGGUUAUUUAGCUCGCUGGUGUUUCUUGUAACGUUGACGAAAGCUAACCGCUAGCUUGUUAGCCAGACGUUAUCACCAUGGGAGCCGAACAGAGCGUAGACUCGGAGCACAAACACUCAGACUACAGCUCCUCGGUGGUGCCCUCCCCAGCGAAGCAGAAAGCAAAGAUGGAUGAUAUCGUCAUUGUGGCUCCGGGGACUCAAUCACUGCGAAAUAUCCACAACGACCCAGAUGUUAUUAAGCUUCAGGAGAUACCUACCUUUCAGCCCCUUUUAAAAGGAGUGCUGAGCGGUCAGACGUCUCCCAGCAGUUUGUGUCUGGAGAGGCUGGAAGCCGCUCAGGUUAUGCAGCUGUGCAUCCGCUACCAGGACCAUCUGCACCAGUGUGCCGAGGCCGUGGCCUUCGACCAGAACGCUCUGGUCAAGAGGAUCAGAGAGAUGGACUUGUCAGUGGAAACCUUGUUCAGCAUAAUGCAGGAGCGCCAGAAACGCUACGCCAAGUACGCCGAGCAGAUCCAGAAGGUCAACGAGAUGUCAAUGAUCCUCAGACGCAUCCAGAUGGGCAUCGACCAGACGGUGCCGCUGAUGGAGCGCCUCAACAACAUGCUGCCUGAGAGCGAGCGGCUGGAGCCCUUCAGCAUGAGGCCUGACAGGGAUUCAGCUUCCAAGUAGCCUCCUUAAACCAGAGCAGCUGAUUCUUACUGAGUCUACAUCCAGAGCUGAAGCCAGGAGGAAGUGCAGGUGUGUGCAGCUGUAGGGAUUACCCCUUUUAAGUUAGUUUGUAUUCAAAGUCAAGGUAGAGUUAAGGUUUGAAUAGGAGAGUCAGUUCUUUUAUUAUUUCCCUUAAUGCAGGAAGUAAUGCAGAACAAGUGCUUUUAAAGUGGCAAUAGACAACUUUUCCCCUGCUAGCGAUUAUUGUUGGCGCCACAACUAGGACAACUACUCCAGACUAUCAGGGAAAGAGCUAGAAAUAUAUUCAAAAAUGUGAUAUCGUAAUUAACUCCAAAAGCUGCUCAUAGUAAUCACAGACCAUGGCUCUUCUGCCAACACCACAGGGGGUCGCUCCCUUUCCUCUUGGCAGUCUCUUCCAAGCUGCAACCAACUCAGCUACUCAGCUUUAUGCUAAUGAAUGUAACUGUGACUUUUUAAAGCAACUUUUUGGGGUUUGUACUAGUUUAUUUAAUUGGAAAAGAGUUGGCAGUACUGCAGAGGACACAGUGCAUUCUAUUUCCACGGCUUUGUGCCAUAAAUCGAGCCUACGUGAUGUGAUCUUUCCCUGUAGACAGAGAAGCAUACUGAAAGCAAGUCUUGUGGAAAACCAAUCUUAAGACUGAUUGUAGCCUUGUGCAAUCAACAUUUAAUUUUAAAUAAGGUAAAGCAAACAACCUGAUACCUGAGUUUAACCACAGCCUUCUGCUCCUGGCGACUGAGCAGCAAAACUCUACAGCUGCAGACUUACAAAGUGCUGCGAUCAAGUGUGUGGAGAUUAUUGCUUUUCCCAUACCUGCAGGGAAUCAAACUGGCAAUCGUCCAGGCACUCGCUUUCCUGAACAGACAAGAGAGGAACAGACACUUUUGAUUGAGUCCGAGUGAACUCCACUCGCCCGAAAAAAACGUGUCCUGCAGCUUUUAAGGAAUCUAAUAGGUGUGAGCCGCAUAACACUUCUAAAACAAUUCCUGCUGCUUGGGGGAUUUGUGCAAAACAUCGGAGCCGAUUGAUUUUGGAUCUUACGCCUCACUCUACAAAUAUUAGUCGUUUGUGAUCCUGAUAUUCUCCUCGAUGCACGCCAAAUGCCCCGCUUGCUGCUUGGAUGUCCACUCCAUGAACCGCUUGCUUACAAGACAAUUUUUAAACUUUCUAAAUGUUGGAAUAUCAUGUCGAAGAGACUCGCGAAGAGUAGAUGGAUUAUUGCCUUUGGAUUACACAAGGAGCCUGGAUGUACUGUACAUUGGACGUAAAACAACAAAGUCUCCCAGGAUACAGAGGAUACUUUUCAAUAUUUCUGUGCUAAAUGAACUUGACAUUAAUUUAUUUGGAUAUGUUGGCUGUUUGCAUGAAAAAAGUAAGAAAAGUGAAACAAAGGACCGUACCUGUUGCUGCGGAUAUGUAUGUAGAGGUGGAGAGAAAACAUUAUAGCAAGUAGGAAAUCCAGCAGUAAAUUUGUGUGUUUGUCAGCUUAACAAUCAUAAGAUACACAAGUCCUCAGAGCUGUGAUAUGAUAUAUGGCCAUGUCUCUGAUCUGAGGAGAGUCAUCAAGUUAACUUCACAUCUGUUGAACAUUUGUUCCUGCAUCACAAAUCAUGCUUGUUUGGCUUCAAGGGUCAAUUAAAUUAUAAAAAUAAAAACACAUUUUCUCUCUUACCUCUGGAGAGAUAAGAUCGCUUUUGAUAAA